AUGUCUGCCUCAAUUCUACCCCGAAUAUACCGUCACGGCGUCAAUUCUUUGCAUCCGGUCUGCCAAAAGCUGGCACGCCGCCUCGGCUGCAACGCCGACUGCCGGACCGGCUACCGCACUGGCAUCCUCGACACCGACAUCUUUGGCCCGUCCAUCCCGACGCUCUUCAACCUGUCCGGCGAGCCGCGCCUCUCCAGCGACAACAUGCUCGUUCCCAUGUCCAACUACGGGGUCAAGACCAUGUCCAUGGGCUACCUCGUCCCCGAGGGCCAGGUCGUCGCCUGGCGAGGUCUCAUGGUCAGCCGCGCCCUGACCCAGCUGCUGCGCGACGUCGCCUGGGACGGCCUCGACGUUCUGGUGAUGGACCUGCCGCCGGGCACGGGCGACACGCAGCUCAGCAUUGCCCAGCAGGUUGUUGUGGACGGCGCGCUCGUCGUCACCACGCCGCACACGCUGGCCGUGCAGGACGCCGUGCGCGGCAUCCAGCUGUUCCGAAAGGCCAAUGUGCCGCUGCUGGGCGUCGUCCAAAACAUGAGCGUGUUCUGCUGCCCCGGCUGCCAAACAGAGACGCACAUCUUUGGCAAGGAUGAGGGCGUGCGCAAGGCAUGCGCCGAGCUGGACGUGCCGCUCCUCGCGGACAUUCCGCUGCACCCCCUCAUCGGGGACGAUGCGCACCGGGGCAAACCAACGGUCGUAUCGGAACCCGAGAGCAGCAGAGCGCAAGCUUUUUUGACUUUGGCUAAAGACAUCGGGACAACAAUUGGGCUGUCUUAG